AUGCCUUUUUACCUAUUAAAGCUUAGUACGCGAUCGAUCAAGAAAAGAGCGGUUGGAAAAGAAAAUGAUUUAGAAUACAAUUACAACGAUUUCUUAAACGAAUAUUACGAACAAGCCGAAAAUGAUGGUGUGCAAGACACGACAGUAAUACCAGAAUAUGGCAUUAAGAAUUCAUUGAAGAGAAUCUUUUUACCGGGAUACCAAAAUAUCAAUUACAACAAGAGUAUUGGGUUCAUAGCACUGAAAAGCUUAAUGAAUGACUACAAAACUCAAAGACGACCCAAAAUAGACAUUGCUUAUCGCCUGUGGAGGAUUGUUCGAAUAUGGUUCCUGGUUUAUUUGAUUGUCGCAAUUCCUUUGUGGUGCACUCGAGGUUGGUGUUGUUGCUGUUUAUUUUGCAAGUUUUUCAAACCUCGCCAAACUACAGAAGCAGCAAAAAAAUUUUUAAUUUCAAAUCCACCGGGAAUAUUUAAGACAAAGAAGGGAGAUGUGCAUUACGAUCCUACUGAAAGAGAGAAGGAAACUUAUGAGGAAUUCGAUCAUUUUUUGAAAACUAAUUAG